AUGUCGAACAUUGCCCGCUACUUUUGUCUUCUGGUGCUCCUACUGAGCCCUCCCGUUCGGAGCCGUGGAUACGUGUGUGACUUCUCGUCGUCCAAGUACAACCUGGACUUCGAUGACUACUACGCAGAUGUCACGUGCUAUCACGAAAUUGGCCAAGGAGACACGAUCGGAGUGAUUAUCCCCAAAUACAGAGAUGGAAGAGAAAACACACACAUUUUAACGCAGUGCUUUGAAGAAAUUUCAUUAAACAAAUCAGGGAAUAAUCCAGUGUCCAUAUACAACGUAUUUAACCAUGAUGAAAUCCAAGUGUCCGUUUCAAAUUCGUUAUACGAUACAGAAUAUCUAUCAUCAAUUUUAAAAAUAAAAAAUGUGCAGAAAAAUAAUUAUAUCCAUUGCGUGUUCCAAAACAAAAAUGAAAAAAAUAAGGAAAUCCACAAAGGAGUGGCAAAAAUUGCAGUAAAAAAUUACCCAGUUCAGAAUAAAAAUUUAUCCAACAAACACGUCGUUGAUUUAUAUAACCAACUGAAUUUAAGUGAAGACAAUUCGAAAAACAAAUACAGAGUGACAGCUGAGCCUGGACAUAUACUUUACAUAUUGGGGAGUAAAUUGGCUAAUGGAAAAAAUGUCUAUUUUGACAAAAAGUGUCCUAUCCAUUUUGAACAUAUAGGAGAUAUUUACAAACAUGUUUUUCCUAUCAUUAACGAAGAAGAAGUACUGUACGACUGUCCAAUGUAUUAUGAUGAGAAGGAAAAAAAAAUCUCCGUAGGAAACCUGAUUGUCACUUUUGAAGCCAGACCUCCAAGUAUAAAAUCCAUCAGUAAAGACAUUUUAAAAAAACACAUAAAAUAUGAUAUUGAUAGAAAGCUGCAUGAUAUUUUAAAUGGCACAGAUUACACCAUGGGCCAUAUGGGAAAUGUAGAUGGAGACAAUGAUAAUCAAUACAUGGAACAGAGCAUAGAAAUAAAUGAAACGCAAACAUCUAACCUUCAAUCCGUUAGCCUAGGCAAAGAACACUGUAAUAAUGAUAAAUGUAUAGAUUUGUUUGAAAACUCAAAUUGCUCUUCCCUUUGCGGAAAUGGAUACAGACUCCGUGAUGGCUAUGAUGUACGCUACGAUAUCCAAUCUAUCAUUCCCUGUAACCAUGGGGAUUGUACUCCUGAAGAUUUCAUUGAGCCCCUUGUCAUUUUCGCUUGGACCUCCAUUGUUUUCUUUUGCAUCAUGAUUACCCUUUUGAUCAUCACCAUUUAUUCCCUUCUGCAUGCUAGUAAGCAGAAGGUGGCCGAUCCCUUCUUUAACUACGACUCUAACAUUAGAUCCUCGGGUGCCUUGUGA